CAAACACGCCGGCCUACCCCAUCACCCCGCCCUGCCCCAUCACCCGCCGGCCUCCCCCAUCACCCGCCGGCUGCCCCAUCAACUCCUUCCCUAUCACCCGACGGCCUGCCCCAUCACCCGUCGGCCUGCCCCAUCACCCGCCGGCCUGCCCCAUCACGGCAGCCUUCCCAUCACCCGCCGGCUGUCCAUCACCACCGGCCUGCUCCAUCAUCUGCAGGCCUUCCCCAUCACCCCGGCCUGCCCCUUACCCCGCGGCCUGCCCCAUCACCCGCUGGCCUGCCCCAUCACCCGCCGGCCUGCCCCAUCACCCACCGGCCUGCCCCAUCACCAGUCGGCCUGCCCCAUCACCCGCCGGCCUGCCAUCACCGCCGGUGACCCCAUCACCCAUCGGCGUACCCCGUCACCCAACAAACUGCCCAUCACCUUCGGCCCUGCCCAUCACCCUACGUCCUGCCCCAACCCCGUUGGCCUGCCCCAUCACCCGCCCGCCUUCCCCAUCACCCGUCGGCCUGCCCAUCACCCGCCCGACUGCCCCAUCACCCGUCGGCCUGCCCCAUCACCCGCCCGCCUGCCCAUCACCCGCCGGCCUGCCCCAUCAUCAGCCGGCUGCCCCAUCACCCGUCGGCCUGCCCCUUCACCCGUCGGCCUGCCCCAUCACCCGUCGGCCUGCCCCAUCACCCGCCGGCCUGCCCCCAUCACCGUCGGCCUGCCCCAUCACCCGUCGGCCUGCCCCAUCACCCGUCCUGCCCCAUCACCCGCCGGCCUGCCCCAUCACCCGCCAGCCUGCCCAUCACCCGCCGGCCUGCCCCAUCACCCGUCGCUGCCCCAUCACCCGUCGGCAUGCCCCACCACCCGUCGGCCUGCCCAUCACCAGCCGUGCCCCAUCACCCGUCGGCCUGCCCCUUACCCGUCGGCCUGCCCCCAUCCCCGUCGGCAUGCCCCACCACCCGUCGGUCUGCCCAUCAUCAGCCGGCCUGCCCAUCAUCCGCCCCAUCACCCGUCGGCUUGCCCCAUCACCCGUCGGCCUGCCCCAUCCCCGUCGGCUGCCCCACUCACCCGCCGGCCUGCCCCAUCACCCGCCGGCCUGCCCCAUCACCCGUCGGCCUGCCCCAUCACCCGUCGGCAUGCCCACCACCCGUCGGCCUGCCCCAUCACCAGCCGGCCUGCCCCAUCACCGUCGGCCUGCCCCAUCACCCGUCGGCCUGCCAGCACUCUGUUACGUGAUGCUAGUAUAG